AUGGACGACAGGGAGUACAGAGAACUGACGCAAGACUUUGUGGACUGGUGCCAUGGUGCUAAUACCACUGAAACAAAUCCAUACCAUCCUGACAUGUGUAACCUCCUGAAAGACUUUGGGGCCAUGACAGAAAAAGUGAAAUCUAUGGAAACAAGACUGAAGGAAACUGAAAUCUGCCUAAAGGAGGCUGUAACCAAGCUGAAAGACAGCGAAAACCAAAUUUUGGAGCUGCAAAGCAAAGAAAGAACCAAAAUAAUAUUCAGUGCAACAGCAGGAAGAGGCAAUGCACACAUCGGACCCUUCAACACAGACAUAAUUAUAGACUAUAAGAAAGUAAUUACAAACUUUGGCAGUGCCUACAGUCCAGUCACAGGUGUCUUUACAGCACCUCUUGCAGGUGUUUAUUACUUUACCAUCUUCUAUCACGGUGGAAGAAGCUACCCACAUUAUCUGCGUAUUUUCAAGAAUAAUGAGUUGACGGUCUUUACAGCUGAUCAUAAGACAGAAAGCGACGGAGCUGAUAAUGGAGGAAACGCUGUGUUCCUGCAGCUGCAGCAAAGAGACCAAGUGUAUGUGAGCAUGGCUGCAAACACAUAUGUUGGGGGAGAUGACCACACAACUUUUAGUGGCUUUUUGGUCACGGAAACGUAA